AUGCCAGGUGCACUCCUCAGCAAUAGUGGUGCCCCUGCCGGGAAGCUGUGUGCCAACAGCAGCCUUUGGGUCCGGCCCGGCCAGCUGUGCAUCAGGCAGGGAUUCCGGUCAGCUGUUGGGAGCGUGGCUCCUCCCUCUGGCACUGCUGCAGUCGCACUGCCAUCUGGCUCCACAGGUGCCGACUCCACGUCAGGUAAAACAGACAAAACUCCUCCAUACCCUAGUCCCCUGCCUUCAAGCUCUGCAUCGAUUCCCAAGUUGUAUCCCCCACUGCCAAGGUCACCCUCUCCGUCCCCUCCUUUGAACCCAAAGCAGUCUUACUCACCACAGCUGGCAACCAAAUGGUCUAGCCCUCUUGUAACCCGCUCUAAGUCACAGUGGUCUCAAGCUCACAUGAUGGCUCCUCUGAGGGAGGUGGCAGGGGCUGAAGGGGUAGUGCAGUUUCAGGUUCCUAUUUCUCUGACAGACUUGUCCCAAGUAGAACAGCGAUUGGAGUCCUUUUCCUCCAACCCCGUAAUGUUCACUAAGCAGUUUAAGUAUCUCACUCUAGCUUAUAAGCUCACCUGGCACGAUGUACAUGUAGUCCUCCAACCCACUCUAACCCUGGAGGAAUAUGACUGUGUCACGGCGGCGGCACAGCACUGUGCCAGUGAGGCCCACACCACAGAUGAACGGGAACCUAUGAGCAGGGAAGUGGUUCCUCUACAAGAACCCAUAUGGCAUUAUAAUUCUCCCGAGGGUGAAGCAUGCCGGGAUCGCACUAUUCACUACUUAUUGGCAAGUAUGAACUCAACUGCCCAAAAGGCCAUCAAUUAUGAUAAGCUUAGAGAGAUUACCCAGAAGCCUGAUGAAAACCUGUCAGAAUUUGUCAAGCGCCUAAAAGAAAUUCUAGGAGCUUUUACUAAAAUUGACCUAGCCUCAGCACCGCUUUAUGAGGCUGCCACAGAAACUACUGGGACGCUGACUUCACCCACCAAGGUGGCUUCUGCUUUCAAUCAGUUGCAGGAAAGGGGCUUCCUUACCACUAAGGGAACCCCGAUCAUCAAUGGUAGGACUAUCAGCCGCCUGCUACAGGCCCUACAGGACCCCAAGGAGGUGGCCAUCGUGCAUUGUAAGGGACAUCAGACUAGAAACCAUCCAGUAACCAGAGGGUGGAUUGAAGCCUUUCCCACCAGCCAAGAGACAGCUUCGGUAGUGGCACAGACAUCGGUGGCACAUAUCAUCCCCCGCUUUGGCCUGCCUGCCUCGCUACAGUCGGACAAUGGGCCUGCUUUCAUUUCUCGGGUCUCUCAGCUAACAGCCGAGGCUCUCAAUAUCACCUGGAACCUCCAUGUACCCUACCACCCCCAAUCGUCGGGUGAGGUCAAAAGGGCUAAUGGUCUCUUAAAAGACCAACUAACUAAGCUGUCUCUAGAGGUAAAGCUCUCAUGGCCCGACCUUCUCCCCAUUGCCCCCCGGGGACUGGCUGGACUAAGCGUAUUUGAGCUGAUCGAGGUACUGAUGUGGAAAACGAGCCUUAAGCCUGAAGCUCAAUAUAGGUCCGGGGCCACCAGAAAACGACGCGAAGAACCAUCGUCCCCACUGACCUGCUACCUGACCCAGCAUUCCACCAUCUCAGAAUUGUCAAUGGGAAGCCAAUGCCGACAAUGGCAGAGACUAAUGGGACUGAUAGAGUCCCUGAUGUUCUCUCACCAGCCCACUUGGGAUGAUUGUCAGCAGCUCUUACAGGUACUCUUCACCACGGAAGAAAGAGAAAGGAUCCUCCUGGAAGCGCGAAAGAACGUGCCUGGAGCUGACGGACGACCGUCGCAACUCCCUCAUGAUAUAGAAAGGGGGUUCCCACUGACCAGACCCAACUGGGACUUUAAUUCUCCAGAAGGUAGGGAGCGACUAACCAUCUAUCGCCAGGCUCUGGUGGCAGGUCUUCGCGGGGCUGCAAGGCGCCCCACCAAUUUGGCCAAGGUAAGAGAGGUUAGUCAGGGAGCCGCUGAGGCCCCCCCAGUGUUCUUAGAACGCCUGAUGGAAGCCUUCAGGCGGUAUACUCCUUUUGACCCCACUUCUGAGGAACAUAGUGCUUCAGUGGCUCUUGCCUUUAUUGGGCAAUCAGCGCCUGAUAUUAGAAAGAAGCUUCAGAGACUAGAAGGCUUACAGGAUUUGUCAUUGAGAGAUUUGGUGAAAGAAGCUGAGAAAGUUUAUCAUAAGAGAGAGACUGAGGAAGAGAAGGAAUUAAGGAAGGAAAAGGAAAAAGAAAGUAAAGAGGAAAAGAGGGAUAGGAAGCAUGAGAGAAAUUUAACAAAAAUCUUGGCCGCAGUAGUAGAAGGUAAGGGACGCCCGCCCUCUAGUGAUAGAACUAGUAAGGCAGGGUACCUGGGCAACCGGCCUCCUUUGGAUAAAGAUCAAUGUGCAUACUGCAAAGAGAAAGGACAUUGGGUGAAAGAAUGCCCUAAAAAGCCACUGCAGAAGCCUCCAAAAAGGGUGUUGUCUCUGCUGGAAGAUGAAGAUUAGGGAAGACGGGGCUCGGAACUCCUCCCCGAGCCCAGGGUAACUCUGAAAGUGGAGGGGCAACCCGUUGAGUUCCUAGUAGACACCGGUGCUCAACAUUCUGUAUUAACUAAAGACAAGGGCCCUCUCUCUGGCAAAAAGUCUUGGGUGAUUGGAGCUACAGGCCAGAAACAAUAUGCAUGGACCACCCGAAGAGCAGUAGACUUAGGAGUAGGACGAGUAAGUCACUCGUUCCUCAUUAUACCAGAAUGCCCUACGCCCCUGUUAGGAAGGGACAUCUUAACCAAAGUAGGAGCCCAAAUAUCUUUUCAAGCUGAGAAACCUCUGGUGACUAAUCAGGAAAAUAAGCCUUUGGACUUGAGUAUUCUGACCAUAAGAUUGGAAGACGAAUACUGUCUUUUUAUGGAACCAGAGCCCUCCCGGAUUAGUCAGGAGUGGCUCGACUGAUUCCCAGGAGCCUGGGCGGAGACGGCGGGCAUGGGGCUCGCCAAGAACCAGCCCCCUGUAAUCAUAGAACUAAAAGCUUCAGCCUUGCCAGUGACUGUGAGGCAAUAUCCAAUGAGUAAAGAAGCCAGGGAUGGAAUUAGGCCACAUAUCCAGAAGCUUAUGGAACAGGGAAUAUUGGUAAAAUGUCAAUCCCCAUGGAACACCCCCUUGCUGCCUGUAAAAAAGGCAGGAAUGGGAGAUUACCGACCAGUACAAGAUUUAAGAGAAGUUAACAAAAGGACACAGGACAUUCACCCCACCGUGCCAAAUCCCUAUAACCUACUAAGCUCCCUGGCCCCAAAAAACAUCUGGUACUCAGUUUUAGAUCUAAAGGAUGCUUUCUUUUGUCUGCGCUUGCACCAGAACAGCCAACCGCUGUUUGCCUUUGAGUGGAAAGAUCCCACCACAGGAACUACUGGGCAAUUGACCUGGACUCGUUUGCCACAAGGAUUCAAGAACUCGCCCACCCUCUUCGAUGAGGCUUUACAUCAGGACUUGGCUUUCUACCGAGCUUCAAACCCACAGGUAACUUUGCUGCAAUAUGUUGAUGACUUAUUGAUAGCCGCUCCCACCCCGGAGACCUGCCAAGAGGCCACUGAAGCCCUUUUGACUGAACUUGCCAAAUUAGGGUAUAGAGCAUCUGCUAAGAAGGCACAGAUCUGCCAACAACAAGUGAUUUAUUUGGGAUAUUCCCUGAGAAAAGGGAAAAGGUGGCUUACUGAAGCCCGGAAGCAGACUGUGACGCAGAUUCCGGUCCCCACUACAGCACGCCAGGUUCGCGAGUUUCUGGGGACAGCAGGGUUUUGUAGAUUGUGGAUACCCGGAUAUGCUUCCUUGGCCGCCCCUCUGUACCCCCUUACCAAGGGGACAGCCCCGUUUGUUUGGGAAUCUGAGCAACAACAGGCCUUUGAUGAUAUCAAGAAAGCCCUCCUCUCAGCACCCGCUCUAGCAUUGCCAGAUGUAACUAAGCCAUUUGUCCUUUUCGUGGACAAACGGAGCAGAGUAGCUCGAGGAGUGUUGACCCAACAAUGGGGACCCUGGAAGAGACCUGUCGCCUAUCUGUCAAAAAAAUUAGACCCCGUGAGUAGUGGGUGGCCUGCCUGCCUGAGAGUAGUAGCAGCUGUGGCCCUCCUAGUUAAAGAUUCUGACAAACUAACACUGGGACAAAAACUCACUGUGGUUGCUUCACAUGCGUUGGAGAGCAUAAUCCGGCAACCACCCGAAAGAUGGAUGUCAAAUGCCAGAAUGACUCACUACCAGACCUUACUCCUGAGUCGUGAUCAUGUGGAAUUUGCCCCACCCGCCAUCCUAAACCCAGCUACUCUGCUCCCCGAUUUGGGAAAAGAAGUACUUCAUACCUGCCAGGAAAUCCUGGCUGAGGAGACGGGGACCCGCCAGGACUUACAAGAUCAGCCUUUAGAAGGGCCAGGACUCCUGACUUGGUAUACAGACGGGAGCAGUUACAUUACGGAUGGUAAGAGAAUGGCGGGAGCUGCAGUAGUGGAUGAUAACCGAAUCGUGUGGGCCAGUGGACUUCCAAGGGGCACUUCAGCACAGCGAGCAGAGCUCGUCGCUCUGACUCAGGCUCUAAAGAUGGCAGAAGGUAAGAGACUUAACGUCUAUACCGACAGCCGAUACGCUUUUGCCACCGCUCACAUACACGGGGCUAUUUAUAGACAGAGAGGGUUAUUGACUUCUGCCGGGAGAGAUGUUAAAAACAAACAAGAAAUUUUAAAUUUGUUAGAAGCCAUCCAUAGACCUAGAGAAGUGGCAAUAAUACAUUGCCCUGGGCAUCAAAAAAGCGACUCUCUAAUAGCUCAAGGAAACAGAAGGCCGGACCAAGCUGCAAAACAAGCAGCCCAGGGAAUGAAUAUCUUACCCCUCCAAGGUUUAAAAAUUCCUCACCCCACGAGAUAUACAAGUCUGAAAAAGGGAGUUGUCCUGGCCCAGAGAGAGGCAGAAGAAUACUUAAGGCAAUUGCAUCAAUUGACACAUUUGGGAGCAAAAAACCUAAAGACCUUGGUUCAAGACUCCCCUUAUCAUGUUAUUGGAUUAGGAAAACUGGCUGACGAGGUUGUAAGAAAUUGUGUUCCCUGCCAAUUAGUAAGUGUGAGUAAAAAUCCAGUAACAUCCGGGAAAAGACUUCGAGGGGAUCGCCCAGGAGCUUACUGGGAAGUUGACUUCACUGAGAUCAAGCCUGCUAAGUAUGGAUAUAAGUACCUUCUAGUUUUCCUAGACACAUUUUCAGGAUGGACAGAGGUGUUCCCCACCAAAACUGAGACAGCUCAGACGGUGUCUAAAAGGAUCCUUGAAGAAAUAUUUCCCAGGUUUGGAAUCCCAAAGGUAAUCAGCUCCGACAACGGCCCUGCCUUUGUUGCCCAGGUAAGUCAGGGAUUGGCCAAGAUUUUGGGGAUGGAUUGGAAAUUGCAUUGUGCAUACAGGCCCCAGAGCUCAGGACAGGUAGAAAGCAUGAAUAGAACUCUAAAAGAGACCCUGACUAAAUUAUCCAUAGAGACUGGUUUAUAUGAUUGGUUGGUCCCCCUUCCCUUCACCUUAUUCCAAGUUAGAAACACCCCCAGCCAUUUUAGACUAACACCCUUUGAAAUAAUGUUUGGAGCCCCGGCUCCACUAAAUGCAGCUCACAUCCACGUAUCCCCUGAAUCUGUGACUAAUAAGUUUCUGCUUGAAAGGUUACGGGCUCUGGAAGUUGUGCAGAAAGAAGUGUGGGCCUCUAUCCGAGAAGCCUAUCGGCCAGAGGACAUUUCAGUACCUCACCCGUUCCAAGUGGGAGACUCUGUCUACGUAAGGCGACAUCGAACGGAAAAUCUUGAGCCUCGGUGGAAAGGACCCUUCAUUGUCCUUUUGACCACACCUACAGCUGUGAAAGUAGAUGGCAUCUCUUCCUGGAUACAUGCUUCACAUCUGAAGAAAGCGCCUCAACCAGACCCGGACUGGCGAGUAAUUCGAACUGAUAACCCUCUUAAAUUUCGCUUGUGUAAAAAUGAUUGUGUCACUAACAAUUCUAAUUCUAAUGACCCGAUGCAGACUGAAAACAAAGCCCCCAUCAAGUGCAUGUCCUGCUUCACGAUGACACACAUCACUCCUGCUCAGCCGUGGUGA